AUGACUUCGUCACCGCGGAGAAUAGCGGCCAAAGCCAGACAUAUCAACACUACCAGUUCAUCACCACGUGGGCAGAUUCCAUUGACCUCCACACCACAAGUUGAAACAUCUCAUUCUCACAACUUCCAAGGGGCGAAUGGCGACUUCGAUCCUCAGCAUAGUCUGACCGCAAGAGCUCCAAUUGGAAGCUACAAUCUAGAACCAUCAUAUACACAAAUUCUAGGUUCGGAAGAUACACCAUCAAAUUUGAGAGGCAUUGUUGCUGAGACUGGCGAAAACAGCUCACAUAUUAUCAGUCCCGCAGUAGCUGACGAUAGCGAGUUUCUGGAGAGCUAUCUCUCUACUAUACCCGAUGCUGGGCGAACGAGUUUAAUUCGAACGAGUGUGACUGCAAGUCGACCCGUGAGGCCUGUCCUAUUCAGUACGGUACCAAGACGACCACUAGGAGUUUCUUCAAACCAAUCACUUCCGGCUACAAAGUGUGAGAUUAUUGAAAAAUAUCUCGAGCCUGCAGUAAAAGAUGUCGUCAACCUAUUCUUCGAAUAUGCCAACAUAUGCUUCCCUGUGUUCGACGAAGCUUCCUUCAAGGAUGUCUAUUUCACUCACAAAGACAAAAUCUCUCCAGCAUUGCUCAGCAAUCUAUAUGCCAAUGCCUUGAUAUACUGGGACAACUCACCAAAGCUCUCUUCCGUUCGAUCGCCUGAUAUUCGUUAUAUUUGGAACCAGGCCAAUGAAGCGCUUCAUUCUGAGCUUUUCCUGUCUCCUGGAAUAUCGACUGUAAUGGCCAUUAUUCUCAAUGUUUGCGGCAGACCAAGCACUUCUAUAUUUGGGAAUGGAGGAAUGGUUGGGACGGCGGUUGCGUUGUCAAAUGCAUUAGGCUUGAAUCGCGAUCCAUCGAACUGGAAUAUCUCGCCGCUAGAGAAAAGAUUCAGGAUUCGGAUCUGGUGGCUAGUUGUUCUUCAUGAUCGUUGGUGCAGUCUGGCGUACGGCACACCUCUACAGAUUCAUCGCGCACAAUAUGACGUUGCCUUUCCGACAAUAGAUGACCUCUGUACCACAGAUUCCACUCAAGUUGAAACGGCAGCCGCAUCAGUGUUCAUUGCACUUACAACCUUGACCGAAGUCCUCGCUCAAUAUCUCGAGCACGUCUAUAAUGUAUCCAACAUGGAAGAAUUCUCAUCAUCAAAAAUGUCCGCCAUGGAUCUCGAGCGGGCCUUGAAUGAAUGGGAGGAGUCUUUAAGCGACAACAUACGCCGCAUCGUGGUGCGAGGGACGAAUCUCAACGCACCAGGGGCUGCAAAUUUCCGACUUGCCUAUCUUGCCGUCAAGCUCCUACUAAGGCGCCUCCAGCUUGACGCUGACAAACCUUCCUCAGAAACAGUUCAUAAUAGUGACGAUGACUACGGCACAUGCUCACCUUUCUACAUACAAGCGCAAAGAGCUGCUGAAGAAAUCGUCCAUUUGAUGCAGGAAUUAGACGACUCACAUUUCCGUGGGUUCUGGAUACCUGUCAAUGCGUUGUGUUUGACAUCAGCUACUACUUUCUUACUUCGUAGUGCGCUUCGCAAAAGGGGUUCUGCGACAACGUUGAAUGCUCCACUCAAUAUAUCUAGAGAUAUGAUUCAGACACUUCGGUCUCAUCGUCAGAGGUUUUCCUGGGAUCUGGCAGAUGACUGUCUGGCUACUUGUGGCGACUUGGUGGAUAAGAUUACGUCUUAUCCCAACAUGAAUAAUGGGACUAUGUGUGUGGACUUGACAAUGCCAUCUCUACAGGAUUGUGGUGAUAUCAGCCAGUCGGUCUUGGAUGAAUUAUUUGUGGAGUUUCCGGGACUUGUAGAUAGUAUCGGCAUUUAG